AUGGAGCAGCUGCGAAUCCAGAAACGGCGCAAAGCCGAGCUGCAGGCCCAGCUAGUUGAGUGGGAGAAGUGGUGGAAUGAGCAGGAGACGUGGCAGAACCGAACAGACCAGGUUCAUCUAUCAGCCUUCGCACCGGCGCCUUCAGCUACCGCCCGCGUGCCCGGCGUCAGUGCCUCCGAGGUUGGCAACACGAAGUGCGAGCGUGGCGUCAUCAGCUACAAGGGCGGUGUCGUGCAGCACGAGCCCGACGCCAUCUGCCACCAGGGUGGCCCCGAGCAGCACGUGCCCGAUGCCAUCAGCUACGAGAGUAGCACAGCGAAGCACGAGCCCCACGCUACCCGCUACGAAGGUGGCGCCACGAAACACACCCGUCGUCGACAACUGCGAGGGAAAUUGGGCGAAUCAAGAGCCCGACGUCGUCAGCUACGGGGACGUCACGCGAAGCACGAGCCCGACGCCAUCAGCUACGAGGGCGGUGCAACGAAGCACGAGUCCGAUGUCAUCAGCUUCGACGGCGGGGCUGCGAAGCACGAGUCCGACGUCAUCAGCUACAGUGUCGGGGCCAGUCCCCUCAUGCUAGAAGGACCCUGCAGUAGUGCCAGAAGGGCUGACAGCGGUGCGUGA